UAAAACUCGUCCAGAGAAGUCAGACAGUUUGUCUUGUAUUUUGAAUAUGGAUAUUGAAGGAUACCACGGCCUCUAGACUCUGGUCGAGGUCCUGAUUUAUCCCAAAAAAAAAAAAAAACACUUGUCCAGAGAACAAGGUUUACAAUCAAGCUUCAUCCAACCAUGAAAGUGCUUAAAUCAUCCGUUCUCACCAUCUUCUUCAUGGUUUUCAUGAACGGGACCUUCUCGUCACCUCCAGAUGACCCCAUCAAGUGCACUUCCGGCAACACAAACUGCACCAUCACAAAUGCCUACGGCGCCUUCAUCGACCGGAGCACUUGCCGAGCAUCCCGAGUACUGUACCCAACCACCGAGCAAGAGCUCAUUUCCAUGGUGGCUAAGGCGUCAAAAUCAAACACCAAAGUGAAAGCAGCCACCAGACAUUCCCACAGCAUCCCCAAGCUUGCUUGCCCUGGAGGCCAAAAUGGGAUCAUCAUAAGCACCAAAAAGCUCAACCACGUCGUGAAUGUUGAUGUGGAGAGCAGAAGGAUGACGGUAGAGAGUGGCGUCCUUCUGAGAGACCUGAUCGAUGAGGCGGCGAGGAAUGGGUUGGCUCUGCCGCAGACACCGUACUGGUGGGGACUGACGGUGGCAGGACUGUUGGCGACGGGGGCUCAUGGGAGCUCGCUGUGGGGAAAGGGAGGCGCGGUUCAUGAGUAUGUGGUGUCGAUGAGGAUUGUGACGCCUGCGACGGCUGAAGAAGGGUAUGCCAAGGUGAGGAGCCUAUCCGAGUCUGACGAAGAACUGGACGCAGCCAAGGUUUCCCUUGGGGUUCUUGGGGUUGUUUCUCAGGUAACCUUACAGUUAGAACUGUUGUUUAAACGAGCGCUAACGUACGUGAUGAAGAAUGAUUCAGAUUUGGGAGAGGAAGUGAUUAGAUUUGGGAAAGAGCACGAGUUCGGUGAUGUCACGUGGUUUCCUGCACAAAAGAAGGCAGUGUACAGAGUUGACGAUCGAGUUUCCAUUGACGAGUCUGGAAAUGGUGUCUAUGACUCCCUGGGAUUUCGUUCCACUCCCUCUGCUCAGUUAGCUGAUACCAGAGCCACAGAGGAACGUCAAGAAGCAACGAGGGACGCUAAUGGAAAAUGCCUUGAUGCACAGUCAGCGACUAGGACGGCUGAGACAUCUGCUUUUGGUUUGACUAACAACGGUUCACUCUUUACUGGGUACCCCGUGAUUGGACAGAACAAUCGCAUGCAAUCAUCUGGAUCGUGCCUAGAUAGCAAAGAAGACGCAUUGGCCACCAUAUGCUCCUGGGAUACUAGACUCCAACUUUUGUUCUUUUACGAAACAGCCUUCAGCAUCAACUUAUCUAAUAUUUCAAGCUUCGUUAAAGAUGUGGAGAAGUUAGUUGAAUUACAGCCACAAGCACUGUGUGGGAUAGAGCUCAACGGUGGCAUCCUCCUGCGAUAUAUCAAAGCUUCAAGUGCUUACUUGGGAAGAACAGAGGAUGCUCUGGAUUUUGCUUUCGCAUACUACAGAAGCAAAGUCCGGUUGACUCCCAGGCUUUUUGAGGACAUUUUUGAGGAGAUUGAACAGAUAGGGUUGUUCAAAUAUGGAGGGUUGCCUCAUUGGGGAAAGAAUAGGAAUGUAGCAUUCAAGGAAGUGAUCAAGAAGUAUCCAAAUGCUGACAAGUUUUUAAGUGUGAAAAGAAAGUACGAUCCACAAGGGAUUUUCUCUAACGAGUGGGCUGAUCAGGUUCUGGGGUUAAAAGACGGCGUAAUGAAAUUGAAAGAUGGGUGUGCUCUUGAAGGCUUGUGCAUAUGCUCAGAAGAUCGUCAUUGUGCUCCAACCAAGAAAUAUUAUUGCAGGCCGGGCAAGGUUUAUAAGGAAGCUAGGGUCUGUGCUUUCGAAGGCUGAGACUGAUACGAUGGAAAGCUUUCAUGGAAGAAUGCUUCAAAUAAAAGAGCUUUUCAAAACCUGAUGUUUCGUUUUUGAGAUAUUUCCGAUCAUCCUUUGUUGUGGAAUAAUGCAAUGUGGCCAUGUUUUUUUUUUUUUGACUGAAAAAAAAAUGAAAACAAUUUUUAAACGUAGGAA